AUGUCGCAGCAUCAAGGGCGCCCAAAACCGAUCGGUGCGGGGCGCAAGAAGGUCAAGCCCAGCAGAACGAGCUUCACCAACCGCCACAAUUUAGAAGUAGCACGGCACUUCAUCCAAUGCGAGGAUGUUCAGGCAACCCUGGCUAAUUUCUAUCCUAGUCUAAAUGAUCACGCUAAAGAGCAGAGGAGUAAACUGAUUUAUCAGUGGAAGAGCGAUGUGCGGGUGCUCGAUGAACGCUGCAAGACUGCUUCAAUAGCAGAGAUGAGAACGCGCCAAGGACGAACGACACCUGAUAAAGCAAAUGUGGCAGCCAUCAAGUUUGGUAUGGAAGUACAACAGAAAAUGAGGGAUCUCGGCGUCAACAAAGUCUACAGCGCCGAUCAAACGGCCGAAGAAAGUCAAGUCGGCGACUCUAUUGGGGAGCACGAACUGCGACUUAUCGGUGAUUUUAUCAGCGACAUCUCUUCAGACGACGAGUUGAACUUCUCGGAUGACGAGGACUUUUAA